AUGACGACAUUGGUAAGAACAAGAAGGCACCAUCAAGCAUUGAAGCUCUCCCUACCACCACCAAUUCCGGCAUCAAAGUUCCAAACCCCGAUGUACUCUAAAACACUGUCUCCGGCUGCAAGCCUGGGCUCCCCGGUUAUCAAAAACCUCUUUGAGCUCGAAAAGAUCGCCGUUCUUGGCCAUGGCAACGGUGGCACGGUCUAUAAAGUCUUCCACAAGGGAACUUCCUCAAUUUAUGCCUUGAAAGUACUCCGAUUCAACGAUGAUUCGGACAGAGUUUGGCAACAAGCAACGCGCGAAGCGGAGAUCCUUAAGCUCGUUGAUUCGCCAUUUGUCAUAAGGUGUAACAGCGCUUUUUACAACAAUGGACUCGCUGUUGGAAGUGAUGAACCCGGUGGUGCCGAUCUGAGUUUUGUGAUGGAGUACAUGGAAGGAGGGUCAUUGCAGGAUUUGCUUGUCUCUCGAAAAACAUUGUUGGAGAAGGAAAUCUCCGAGGUGGCUGGAUGUGUCCUCCUAGGGUUUCGCUAUCUCCAUGACAUGCAGAUUGUGCAUGGAGACAUCAAACCCUCAAAUCUUCUCGUGAAUGGGGAAGGAAAGGUGAAGAUUGCGGACUUUGGGGUGAGCCAUGUGGUGGACGGCGGUGGUGUUGCGCGACAUUUGUUGCUGGAGUCGUGUAUGGGCACGUGUGCCUACAUGAGCCCCGAGAGGUUUGAUCCAGAGAGGUGGGGUGGGGGAGGAGAUGGGUUCGCCGGAGAUGUGUGGUCACUUGGAGUGGUGGCACUGGAGUGCCAUAUGGGCCGGUUUCCCCUAACAAGGGCGGGGCAGAGGCCAGAUUGGGCCACUCUAAUGUGCAUAAUGUGCUUCAGGGAGAGGGUGGAGGUGCCUGAGACGGCGUCACCCGAGUUUCGGAGCUUCGUGGAGAGGUGUCUUGAGAAGGAUUGGAGGAAGAGAGCCACGGUUGAUGAGCUUCUUGAACACCCUUUUGUGAAUUAGUUGUGUAUUUUGUUCCGCUUGGUUGAACAUGAGAAUGUUCCGAUUUUCUUUCU